AUGCUGCGGAGACUGACUCACUUUGCAAAUAUUGCCCUCUCGAGCCACUUUUACCUGUUGGGGAAGUAUCAGGAAGUGCCGGAGCUGCCCCCACGCAUCUGCAGAGCCACGAGUCCAGACCCGUGUGCGAGACCGGGACUGGAACCCGUGACUCCUGCAGUCGGUCUCUCUGUGAAACUGUGUCUGUUACAAAGAAGCGGGACAGAGACAGACUUUGGACUCGCCAACACAACGUACAGCAACAACUGGGGUCUCUGCGGAACGUUAAAAAGUUGCAAACAUGUCCGACCACCUGCUGGACCUCGACGAAACUGCAACUCAGACAGGGCCCAAAGGAGUGAUCAAUGA